AUGGAGAUGGAACAUACGAAUGGAGUGCUCUCCAAGAGAGUGACAGAUGCUCAGAAAUUGUUGGAUUUGUUGGCAAAUCCUUUUCGGGCCCAGUUAUCACAAAAUUCCGUCUAUGCCAGCUUCGGCACAUCAAUAGGAUUUACCUUACUGCUCGCGAUCGGAUUCUCUCUUCUUCGACCUUAUAACUCGGUGGUGUAUGCACCGAAACUUAAGAUCGCAGAUGAUAAACAUGCACCCCCGCCCAUGGGAAAGGGUCCUUUGGCUUGGAUGGGGCCAGUGCUCAAGACGAAGGAAGUUGAGUUGGUUAAUCUGAUAGGAUUGGAUGCUACGGUCUUUUUGAGGGUGUUGAGAAUGUGCCGGAAUAUCUUUUUAUGCAUAACGGUGGUAGGUUGCGGCAUCCUCAUCCCGAUUAAUAUGAUUAAAGGGCAAUUUGGUUCGACCACGGAUUUUGUCACGAGGGUUACACCCGCCAAUGUUUGGGGGGCGAGUAAUUGGGGUAUGACCAUCUGCGCGUGGCUAUUCGAUCUCAUCAUUGUCUUUUUCUUAUGGUGGAAUUACAAGGCGGUGCUCAAUUUGAGAAGAACUUACUUUGAGAGUCCGGAUUACCAGGCCAGUUUACAUGCGCGGACGUUGAUGAUUAACGAUAUUCCAAAAAAUCUACGAACAGACGAGGGGAUCGGUAGGGUGAUUGAUGUGGUUGCGCCGCAAUCUUCAUUUUCGAGAACAGUGGUUGCGAGAAAUGUCAAGGUACUUCCGGAACUCAUCGAACAACAUAAUCAGACAGUUCGUGAUUUGGAGGGGUUUUUGGCUAGAUAUCUCAAGGAUCCUGCGAAUCUACCACCCAAACGACCAGAAUGUAGUCCUUCGAAGGAUGAUCCCAAUUUUGGAUCUUAUGUCAAAGGUCAAAAGCUCGACGCUAUCGAAUAUCUCACUGCUCGUAUCAAGGAAUUGGAAAUGGAGGUCAAGGAGGUUCGUUUGUCCGUGGAUAAUCGAAAUCCUUUGCCUUAUGGAUUUGCAAGUUACGAGGCUAUCGAUGAAGCACACAGUAUUGCAUUUGCAGCACGGAAAAAGCACCCCAAAGGAACUACAAUCGUACUCGCUCCUCGGCCAAAUGAUAUUAUUUGGAAAAAUAUGCCUCUCAGUAGGCAGAAGAGGAGAACUCGACGAAUUAUGAAUAACAUAUGGGUUACUUUGCUCACGAUUGUAUGGAUGGCACCAAACGCUAUGAUUUCCAUUUUCUUAGUCAGUCUGCCAAAUUUGGGUAGUGUUUGGCCUGCAUUUCAAACAUCAUUGGCACAACACACUGUUUGGUGGUCUGUUGUUCAAGGUGUUGCUUCUCCGGCUAUUACCUCCUUGGUUUAUCUGGUACUUCCAAUCAUUUUCCGUCGCAUGUUAGUCAAGGCUGGAGAUCGUACGAAGACUGCUAGAGAACGACACGUUACUGGAAAGCUGUACACUUUCUUCGUAUUCAACUAUUUACUGGUGUUUUCCAUCUUCAGUACUGUGUGGACUUUCGUUUCCACAGUCGUGAAUAAAACCAAUGAUGGAACUACAACUUGGGAAGCUAUCUACGAGACAGAUUUGGGAUUGUUGAUCUUCAUUUCGCUUUGUGAUAUCUCGCCUUUCUGGAUCACUUGGUUACUUCAACGGAAUUUGGGCGCUGCUGUCGAUUUGGCCCAAUUAUGGACUUUGGUGUGGAGUUUCUGCGCGAGGAAAUUCUCGAGUCCAACGCCUCGGGAGAUGAUUGAACUUACUGCCCCGCCUGCAUUUGAUUAUGCCAGUUAUUAUAAUUAUUUCUUAUUUUAUAGCACUGUUACGUUGUGCUUCGGAUGCAUUCAACCUCUAGUCAUUCCGGCGGCCGCCAUGUAUUUCUCUUUGGAUGUUUUCUUGAAGAAGUACCUCUUGCUCUAUAUUUUCAUUACCAAGACCGAAUCUGGUGGUAUGUUUUGGCGAAUGCUUUUUAACCGGCUAGUUUUCGCGGCAAUCCUUGCCAAUCUCGUUGUCUUUCUCGCUACUUGGGUUCAUGGAGAUGGUUCACACAUGGAAGCUUAUGCUGUAAUCCCUCUUCCAUUUUUAAUGGUUGGGUUCAAGUGGUUUUGCGCCCGCACCUUUGACGAUAAGAUUCACUACUAUAGCAUUCGCAAUAUGCUCAAAGAUCCAGAAGCUUCGCGUUCCAAACUCUUUGGUAGUAAAGGUGAUCGUCUCGCUUCUCGCUUCGGUCACCCGGCUUUGUACAAACCACUCAUCACACCUAUGGUUCACGCCCGGGCUCAAAAUAUUCUAGCUUCUGUCUACGGUGGUCGUCUUACAGAUUCGAACCAUCUAGGUUCUGGAGAUAAUACGUCGGUUUCCGGAUAUUCAGAUACCUAUGCCAUGGAUCCCAUGAGUGCAGGACAGCCAGGUCGUUCUGUAAAGGGAGGAGUACCGGACUUUGAAUUAGUACCGGACAAUCGUCUGGAUUUCGAGUAUUAUAAAGGAAGAGCCGAGUUUGCAGAGGAACAUGGAGGUUCGGGUGGAAUAUAUGGAAGAGCGGAAGAUAUAAUAAGAACGGAUACACCGGGUAGUUCGCACUGGGGACCAGAUUCACGACCAGGUACACCGGUCAAUUCAGGCGGAAUGGGAACACCAACUUUACCAAAUUUCAAGUCGAGUCCCAGGUCAGGGACACCGGAUAGUACGAAAGGGGGGGAUAUUGGGAUGAGUGGGGGGUCGGGGAUCGGAAUGGGAAUGAGGUAUUUUGGGGAGAGGAAGGGUAGUUCGGGGGAGACAAUGGGGUUGGUACAAGGCGCGCAGGAUAUGCCUGCGAGUGCUGUGCCCGGGGCGCAAGACAGAGCACCGGGUUUCUUGGGUGGUGGACCUCAAGGGUAUGGCAAUUUACCGCAGGAGGAUUUGGAUGGAAGGGGCAGUGUCGAUCAUGAUCCGAUGAAUUAUGAUUAUUUCCGUUCGAGAAGGACGAGGAAUUGA